UUAUUGGUUUCCUUUCCGGACUCUCGGGCGCCAGUGCAUAAAAACCCAUCACGGUAACACCCGAAGACUAGGGGGGAGAUUAGUUAGAUUCUGGUUAGGCAGUUAGAGGGACGGGGUCACUGUGACGCUGUGAUUGUUUUGGGAUUGUGGGAGCUCAGAGUGCUACUGGUAGGGUUUGGAAUUCAGGUGUUGUGUGAAUAAUUGUUAAUGUUAUGGCUGCUGUUGACGAGUUUUUGCGAGAUCCGUCUGAAGAGGGGUUGGAGCGCUGCACACGCGAACAAUUGUUAAAGAUCGCUGAACAUUUUAAACUGGAGGUCAGUGAUAAGCGGUCUAAAGACAGUAUUAGAGCUAUCAUUAAAGCUAAUCUAAUUGACUCGGGUGUGCUAGGACCAGUUAAGUUGCAGGCUACCGGGACAUGGUUGGACACUGAUGCUUCUGACACUAGCUUGACUUUUGAACAGAAGCGGGAGCUGCUUUUGUUGCAGGCUGCGAUAGAACAGAAAAGAUUGGAUGUGAAAAAACUGGAGUUGGAAGGACGUAGAUUGAAUUCAACUACUGAUGGCCACACCCCCCUUGAUGCUUCCGGUAGGGGAACUUCUAGCCCAUUUGAUGUUGGCAAUAAUCUGCGUUUAGUUCCUCAGUUUUCUGAAUGGGAUCCAGAUACAUUUUUUUCCCUGUUUGAGCGUGUUGCUGACAGUAGAGGUUGGUCUGAUCUGGACCGAACACUGCUUUUACAGUGUGUGUUCACAGGCAAGGCUCAAGAAGCAUACUCUGCUCUCACAGUGGAUGACAGUAAAGUUUAUGCCACUGUGAAGAAGGCUGUUUUAACAGCUUAUGAGUUAGUACCAGAGGCUUACAGACAGAGGUUUCGGACAUGGCAGAAGGGUGAGAAACAAACCCAUGUUGAGUUUGCCAGGGAGCUGGGAAUACAUUUCAAUAGGUGGUGUGCUUCCUUAAAAAUUUGCACUUUUGAUGACCUCUGUCAUUUGGUUGUCCUGGAACAGUUUAAAAACUCUGUUCCAAGUCAUAUUGCUAUAUACAUCAGUGAACACAAUGUGAAGACAGCUGCUGAAGCUGCUAAGCUAGCAGAUGAGUAUGUUCUUAUACACAGGGGUGGCUGUGGGUAUCGAACUUGCAAUGAUUUUGGUUACAGGAGCGGCAGCCAAUCUUUUGUGGGGAGUCAUGCGAAGGAGGAAGGCGUUGGUCCUGAUCUGAACAGUAAGUCAGAACGGAUUUCAUGUGGGCAUGUUUAUUUGGAUCCGACUGACAUAUGUCAUUAUUGCAAAGCCAGGGGCCAUUGGAAGUGUGAAUGCCCUAAACGGGGUGCUCAAGUGAAAUCUGCUGCUUUUGCUGCCUCUGAAAAACGUGCUGGUUUUGUUUCCUCUAAGCAGGUGGAAGUAGGACGGAAGUACACUUUGGACCAGGGGGAUUUUUCUCCUUUCGUUUCUGAUGGCCAUGUGUCCAUAGUGGGGAGUGAUGCUACAGUGCCGGUAAAAAUUUUGAGGGAUACUGGGGCUUUUAAUUCAUAUAUUGUGAGCUCUGUAUUACCCUUUUCUGAGGAAACCAAUACUGGAGACCAUGUUUUGAUGCGGGGAAUGGGGCUUUUGGUGGAACCGGUUCCACUGCAUAAACUGACAUUGACUUGUGGAUUGGUUCAGGGGGAGGUUAUUAUGGGAGUUCGCCCUGCACUUCCUCUAGAGGGAGUGGAUGUAAUCUUGGGCAAUGAUCUUGCUAGUGGACGGGUGUGGACUGAUUGUCCGCUACCUGCACCCAUAGUAACUUCUUCCCCUGUUUUAGGGAAGUUGGAUGAGAGUGCUCAGUGUUUCCCUGGGGUUUUUACAGCUUGUGCAGUGACACGAGCUAUGUGCCGUGCUGAAUCUGCAUCGAUCCCUGACCAUGAAGAUGGGGGAGCAGAGGAAAGUGAUUUUUUCUCUGUAUAUGUCCCUGUUUCUCUUUUGUCUGUUUCUCAUAGUGACCUGAUGGCGGAGCAGAGAGCAGAUUCUUCUCUUCGUCAUCUGUUUGAUCAGGUUGUCACUGAGGAAGAGAGUGUGGCCAGUGGCUCCACGACUGGAUCAUCCUUUUGACCUGCAUGUGGAUGCAAGUGAUGUAGGUGCAGGUGCUGUCUUAUUUCAGCAAGAUGAUGAUGGGGUUGAUCAACCUGUGAGUUUCUAUUCUAAAAAAUUCAACCAUUUUCAGGUGAACUAUUCUGUCAUUGAAAAAGAGACAUUGGCAUUAAUUUGGGCUUUACAGCAUUUUGAGGUAUACCUGGAUUCUGGCAGUGUUCCUCUGGUGGUCUAUACCGAUCACAACCCCCUAACAUUUUUGCAUUCAUUGCAGUGUCCGAAUCGCAGAUUGAUGCGAUGGAUGUUGUUUUUGCAGCCAU